AUGUGGGGCGAGAGCGGCGCGGGGAGAAGCCCGCAGUGCGGGGCCGGCCGGGCGCAGCCAAUGGGGAGCGCGGACGGCGGCGCGCGCGGCGGGGGGGCGGGGCGGGGCGCUAUUUCAGCGGGGGCCGCGCACCGGUCGCUCUCAGCGGCGGAGCGGAUCGGAGCCGAGCGGCGCGGCGCCAGUGCGGACGGAGCAGGUGGCCGGCGGGCGUGA